AUGUAUAUUAAAACAAGUAUAUCUAAAGUUAAUUUAAAUAAUCUAAAUGGAAAUCCAUUUCGACUUGGUUCAAGUAAAGUCGAUUGGUGUGAACCAAAUUAUGUUGUUAGUGAAUAUAUUGCUGAAUUUUGGAAUACAGUAUCCAAUAUUUUCUUCUUUUUGGUGCCACCUUUAAUGAUUUUUCUUUUUCGACCAUAUUCAAAACGAGUAGCAAAUGGAAUAGCAAUUCUUUGGAUUUUAUUAAUUAUUAUUGGUAUCGGUUCUGUUUAUUUUCAUGCUACACUUAGUCUUGCUGGACAAUUACUUGAUGAAAUAUCAAUUCUUUGGGUACUUGUCAUUGGUUAUGCACUCUUUUUACCUGCUACCUAUUUACCGCGAUCAUUCCGUGUUCAACGUUGUAUUAUUUUUGCAUUGGUUAUUACUUGUUUUUCAUUUGUUUAUCCAUAUGCAAAUGCUUUUGCACUAAUGCUACUUGGUUUACCUGCAACAGGCUUUAUCAUUCUUCAUUUUUCACGGUGUGAUAACCCGCGUGUAAAACAUCUUGGUAUUCAUUGUCUUGUUAUGUGGAUUAUUGCAGUUACAAUAUGGAUAAGUGAUCGUAUGUUUUGUUCAUAUUGGCUAUCAAUAUCAUUUCCUUAUUUACAUUCCAUAUGGCAUGUAUUGAUUUUGUUUAGUAGUAAUGAAGGUAUUGUUGUUUGUGCUUAUUUAACAAUAAAACAACAAAAUCCUCAAGCAAAUCUUCAUUUACAUUCUUGGCCUAAUGAACGAUGGAAAUGGUUUUCAUUACCAUAUUUAAAAUUUCAUGAUGAUGAUGAUGAUAAUGAUAAUUUUUCAAUAUCAUCAUCAAGUAAUUUAUCAACAAAAUCAACUAUUUAG